CGAGCCCCAUGGCCGCUUGCAUCAGUCGUUUGCCCCUGUGGCCUCUCCCCCCUCUCGCAUCCGUCCUGCUCCGGCCCUCCUGCUCAGCAGGGAAGAAGAGGGACUCCAACACUUGCUCAUCUUUAGAGCACGACUUACGAAGGGUGCCCCGGCCUUCGCCGCCGACCAACAAAAGGGCCGGAAGGGCCUCUCGCUUGUGCGUACAGCUCGGCGCCAGCUAUCUUGCUUCCCAAGGCUCUUCUUCCCCCGCCCCCGUCUCAUAAUUAGAAUCCCCGCCAUUUCCAAAUCCUUCCUGAGCUGCUGAAAGUGCCGACCAGAAAUGAAGAGGCAGUCGAAGAGGCCCGCCAGCAGCCAUGAAUCCACUGAAGAAGGGGAGAAGCUGGCGUUCGCGGAGGACGAGGCCCUGAAGGCGCGCAACACGGAGCACGACGAGGCCGAGCUGGACGACGUGGACGACGACGAGGACGAGCUGGCCGGCGGGCGCGCGGCGCGGUCGACGUGCGGGCUGGGCGAGAAGAAGCGGCGCCUGGCGCUGGAGCAGGUGCGCGCGCUGGAGCGGUGCUUCGAGACGGACAACAAGCUGGACCCGGACCGCAAGUCCCGCAUCGCGCGCGACCUCGGCCUGCAGCCACGCCAGGUCGCCGUCUGGUUCCAGAACCGCCGCGCCCGCUGGAAGACCAAGACGCUAGAGCGCGACUUCGCCGCGCUGCGCGCCCGCCACGAGGCCCUCCGCGCAGACUGCGACGCGCUCCGCCGCGACAAGGACGCACUCGCCGCCGAGAUACGGGAGCUGAGGCAGAAGCUGUCCAAGCCGGAGACGGCGGUGAAGCUGGAGGCGGCCGCCAAUGACGCCGCGGAGGAGCGCCAGGCGACGGUCGGCGCGUCGGCUGCGGCGCUCUGCAGCAAGGACGGCUCCUCGGACAGCGACUCCAGCGUGGUGUUCAACGACGUCGAGGCGUCGCCGUACUCCGGCGCGGCGUUCGAGCAGCCGGCCUUCGCCGGGUUCGGUGCACCAUUCUUGGACACGUCGGCGGCAACGACUUGCUGCUCGUCUCUAUCCAUGUUCGACACCAAGUGGCAGCAGGCGCCGGCAUACCCAUACGACUCGUACAAGAGCGGCGGCGGCUAUGGCUUCACGGAGGAAUGGCUCGCCAGCUCGGACGUGAUCGGCAGCGGCGACGGCGCGGCCAGCUUCUUCUCCGAGGAACACGCCUCCAGCCUCAACUUCGGCUGGUGCGCGAGUGGCACCGAGGCCUGGGAGUGAGCAGGUUUUGAUCUCCAUAUGGUUAGUGUAACCAAGCAAUGUUACGGUGGCGUUGUACAUUCAUGGAGCUUAAGCUCCGAGAAGGCACCUAGUGAUCUAGUGGCCAAAGCUAGCGGACAUCCAACGCAAGGCGGGAACAGGAGCAGUAGCCAGUAACAAUAACGGUGAAAAUUUGUGUCAGGCUAAUGGAGGAUGUAAAUGUAAAAAAUGUAAAAAGAGGCCGUCCUGCUCCACCGCCUGUCUUUUUGCGGUGUACCACUUGGUCACUUGGAUGCAAAGAAUCGGCAACGGUAGCGUACUAGGGGGCAAUGGGAAAUGAUAAGCAGGAUGCGAUUUAGGAUUU